GCAGCACAAAUAACAGUUACAACAUCAGCAGCAGCAGCAGCAGCAGGCCAAAGCAGCAGUUGAGCCAUCAUCAGGAGCAGCAGCAGUGUAUCAGCAGGCAAGAUGCUGGUCAGGCGGCUCUGCUCGCCGUCUCUGGGGCUCGUUCGUCGCCCGGUCUCCGGGACCCGCCUCGCCCCGUGUCCGAGGGGCCCGUGGCACGGAGGCCGCGGAGGGGCGGAGAGAGCGGCGGCAGGCGGGAGGAUGGACGCGGGGAGCGGGCAGCGGAUGUUCGGGACGACCACCCCUUCUUUUGCCUUCGCCAGAGACUUGUUCAUGGGGAAGAUCAACAAGGAGGUGUUUCCAUUCCCAGAGAUCAGCAACGAGGAGCUGGAAGAGCUGAACAUGCUCGUGGGGCCCGUGGAAAGGUUCUUCGACGAGCAAGUGGACUCAAAGCGUAUAGACGCAGAGGCGCGCAUCCCAGAGGAGACCCUGCGAGGACUCAAGGAGCUCGGCCUCUUUGGCCAACAGAUCCCCACGGAGUUUGGCGGCCUGGGCCUCUCGAACACCAUGUACGCACGGCUGGUUGAGAUCACCUCACUCGACGGUUCCAUUGCCGUCACACUCGCCGCACACCAGGCCAUCGGCCUCAAGGGAAUUCUGCUUGUGGGCACCGAUGAGCAGAAGGCGCAGUACCUGCCACGGCUCGCCACGGGAGAACACACGGCCGCUUUCUGCCUCACAGAGCCGGGCAGUGGGAGCGAUGCAGCGUCGAUCCAGACGAGAGCUACGCUCAGUGAAGACGGCAAACAUUACCUCCUCAGUGGCUCCAAGAUCUGGAUCUCCAACGGCGGCACCGCGGACGUGUUCACGGUGUUCGCGCGCACGGAGGUGACGGACGCGGCGACGGGCGAGAAGAAGGACAAGAUCACGGCCUUCCUCGUGGAGCGCGCGUUCGGGGGCAUCACCAGCGGCAAGCCCGAGGACAAGCUGGGCAUCCGUGGAUCGAACACGUGCGAGGUCAUGUUUGACGGAACGCCGGUGCCGCUCGAGAACGUCCUGGGGGAGGUUGGCGGAGGCUUCAAGGUCGCCAUGAAGAUUCUGAACGGCGGUCGUUUCAGCAUGGGCAGUGCCUCGGCUGGGAUGCUCAAGAAGCUCAUUGCAAUGUGCGCGGAGUACGCGUGCAGCAGGAAGCAGUUCAACAAGCGGCUGAGCGAGUUUGGGAUGAUUCAGGAGAAGUUUGUGAACAUGACGGUGAAGGCGUACGUGAUGGAGAGCAUGGCGUACCUCACUGCGGGCAUGAUGGACCGGCCGGGAGAGCUCGACUGCUCUGUGGAGGCUGCCAUGGUCAAGGUGUUCAGCUCGGAGUGCGCGUGGGAGUGCGUGAGCGAGGCGCUGCAGAUCCUGGGAGGCCUCGGCUACACCAAGGACUACCCGUACGAGCGCUACCUGCGCGACGCACGCAUCCUCCUUAUAUUUGAGGGCACCAAUGAAGUUCUGCGGAUCACUGCUCUGUCGGGCAUUCAGUACGCGGGAAAGAUCAUGACGGACAAAGUCAAGGCAAUGAAGAAAGGAGACCUGUCGGCAUUCGGCACCAUCCUGAAACGCAAAUUCGAGGUCAUGUUCUCCAGGAAAGUCGACCUGGGGCUCACAGGAAAAGACUGGGUCGUCCACCCAUCCCUGCAGGACAGCGCGCGGAUGCUGGAGGAGAAUGUGUACAGCUUCGGCUGCAUUGUGGAGACGCUGCUCUUCCGCUUCGGCAAGACGAUCGUGGAUGAGCAGAUGGUGCUGAAGCGUGUGGCGGAUGUGGCGAUGAACGCGUACGCAAUGACGGCGGUGUUAUCUCGCGCCUCGCGCUCCAUCUCCAUAGGACUCCGCAACCACGACCACGAGGUGCUGCUGGCCAACACGUUCUGCACGGAAGCCUACUUCAAGAACACCUUUCUACUCACGCAGCUUUCCAAAGAGGCCGAAUUGAACAUGGACGCCAACUACAAGAAGAUCGCCGAGCAGGUGCUCACUCGGCGCCGCUACAUCUGCUCGCAUCCGCUGGAGCGGACCUUCUGAGCGCCACCGCAACACUCGUCCACUCCCGCCGUACCUAGGGGCCCUGAACGCAACGUCCCUGCCUCGUUUCCACAGGACACGCAGCUCGGGUCAACUCGAGUCUGGCCUGAUCUCUCCCAGCAUCCCAGCUGUGAUUUUUCGAGUCACUCGAGUUAUCAGAUAAUUCCAAGACAUACUUGAGAGUCAAAAGGUCAAGAUGAGGUUGCUGGCAAAAAUUAAAUGUUAAUUGGUAAUUGUUAAAUGAAACGUGAAAUUUAACGGCCCUGCCGGCUACAACAGCUGUGAUUCACAUGGUUGGUUGGGUGAUGAAUUUCCUGACUUUGGGGUAGGGAAAGUCGUGCCAACCUGGGAUGCAAUGAUGGCCUGGAAAAUUCUGGCCUCGGCCCAUAUUCGCUGCCAAUUUGAGUAAAAAAAAGUCUAAUAGAAAAGUGUUACUGGCGCGGCAAACUCGAGUUGAGUGUUCCGUGGAAACUAGAAACUGGACUCAUGGCACGAGCCUCUUGAACUAAACGUAUCCAUGAUGGGCACAACCACUUUCUGGGUGUUGGGCUUGAGAAUGCGUGCCAUUUCAUUAACGUGCCUCUAACAAGAAUUGUGCUGUAUAAACGGCCUUGUGCUGUAAACAGGAGUGCAUGUUAACCCAAGGGAGAGCGUCAAUAAUUUAUGGCCAAACAGGCCAAAUGGGGCCCGCGACUUCAUUUCAUACGGCCCGCAUCUAAAUGAGGCCUACAAUUUCGAAAAAGGCAUACCAACGAUACUCAUCCAUAACUGCAAGCAUCUUGGCCAUACUAAGCGCAUAGUACGAGUAGUAGGAGGAAAUAUUUUCUAUCUGGGAACACUGUAGUUCAGUGCACAGUCAAUGCAAAGUAGUCCUGAUCGUCAUCAAAGUAUAUUGGACGACUAAUUUGUGGCCCGCCAAAAGGCAUUUGAAAGUCCUCCUUGGCCUUUCAGUACGUUAAAGGCUCCCUGCCUCGCGGUGACCACCGUAGAGCCAAGCGUGGUUGGGGGAUCGUCCAGCAGGGAUGCGUCUGACCCUGAGGCCGAGAUCUCACUGCACCCGUAAUACGGGCGCUCCUGUGCAGCGCUUUGACGGCUGAUAUUUCGCCCUCUGUCACUUGUUGGCGGGGCACGUGGAGUGUUCCUGUCUGCUGAAAUGUUCAUCGCCGUCUUAAGAGCAAUAUUUGCCACGGGCUCACAUUUCUCAAUGCACUGUAUGUAUGCAUAUCGAAUCGGGAUGAUUGAGGGUGGCGUGUUAUUUUGAAAUCAAUUUUAAGGUGUGAUGUGUGAUUAUUUUUUUUGUUUGUGAGCCCGUAGUGUAUGUUGUUUAAGAAGAAGGGUUUUGGUAAAUAAAAAUAAAACUGAAAUACAACAAAGUGA